AUGGCGAUCGCUGCCGAGAACCAAGCCCAAGAGAAGGCUUCUUCGGAGGUUUCAGCGACGGAGACAAGAAGAUGGACGCUCAAUGACUUCGACAUUGGAAAGCCUCUUGGCCGAGGAAAGUUUGGUCACGUCUAUUUGGCAAGAGAGAAACGGAGCAAUCACAUUGUGGCACUUAAAGUCCUCUUUAAGAGCCAGCUGCAACAGUCUCAGGUUGAACAUCAGCUUCGUCGGGAAGUUGAAAUACAAAGUCAUCUUCGACAUCCCAAUAUCUUACGCCUUUAUGGGUACUUUUACGAUCAGAAACGAGUUUAUUUGAUUUUAGAAUAUGCUGCCAAAGGUGAACUAUACAAGGAACUUCAGAAGUGUAAAUACUUCAGUGAAAGACGUGCUGCCACUUAUGUUGCAUCGUUGGCACGGGCCCUUAUAUACUGCCAUGGAAAGCACGUAAUUCACAGAGAUAUCAAGCCAGAGAACCUUCUAAUUGGUGCACAGGGUGAACUCAAGAUAGCAGAUUUUGGGUGGUCAGUGCAUACAUUCAACCGCAGGCGGACCAUGUGUGGUACUCUUGAUUACCUCCCUCCUGAGAUGGUGGAGAGCGUAGAGCAUGAUGCUAGUGUGGAUAUCUGGAGCCUUGGUGUCCUGUGCUAUGAGUUUCUCUAUGGAGUCCCGCCUUUUGAGGCCAAAGAGCAUUCAGAUACAUAUAGAAGGAUUGUUCAAGUGGAUCUAAAGUUUCCUCCUAAACCAAUUGUCUCUUCUCAUGCAAAGGACCUUAUUAGUCAGAUGCUUGUGAAGGACUCUUCUCAACGCCUGCAAUUGCACAAGCUUCUAGAACAUCCAUGGAUUGUUCAGAACGCGGAGCCCUCUGGCGUAUAUAGGAUAUAA